AUGCCUUCUCUGUGGAAACGAGUAACAUUCUCGGUGGCCUCGGCGCUGUGUGUCGGCUCGGUGGCCCUCCUGGUGGUGGCCCUGGCCACAGAGCGCUGGGUUAUCGGGCGGAUCCUGUGUAAAACCGGGGUGGACAUAGUGAACGCGUCCAGUCCGGAGAUGGACCAGUUUAUCGGGGACAUUUACUACGGUUUGUUCCAGGGAGGAAAGACCAAGAGGUGCGGACUGGGGAACAGGCGCUCCAAAAUAUACAUUUUUCCAAAGCUGGUGCAGACACUGAAUGGGGGUCUUCACAUGAUGGUGAUUCUCUUCCUGCUGGUGGCGGUUGGCUUCGCCCUGGUCAGCUUGUCCUUCUGCAUUUACAACGCUCGCAAGGUCCCCUACCAGAGCAUCAAAGGGCACAAAGGACUUUACCUAUGGAACUUCAUUGCUGCUCUUUUUGGCGCUCUGGGGGUUCUUUGUUUCCUGGCAGCCCUGAAGCACCAUCGUUUGUCUGAGCGGGUGGCAAACCAUGGAGAGAAGCUCUUUGUCCUGGAGGUUCUGGAUGAUAGCCUGGACUGGUCCUUCUGGCUGGGAGUUGGCAGCGUUGGGACUCACUUUGUCGUUUGUGGCGUGGUCGCUAUGAGUCGCAUCAAGUUGCCCAAACCGGAGAUCAAGAAGCCGGAGGAGCCCACAAUCUCUGCCCUGGACCUGCUCUACUAAAGAACACACACACGCACACACACACACACCCACAGAAAAAGAGUUAUUGGUUGUGUCUUCUGCUUUUAGCGUGUAAAAGAAAAAAAAACACUUGCUGACAUUUGUGAUGACGCUGUUUUAUACAAGCUGGACUUAUUUCACACUCAUCUUCACUGAAAACAGAUUUUAAAGGACCUUAAUGUUUAUUUGUUCUCAUUGGUUCUAAAUAGAUAAUUGAUGAAAAAGCCAA